AGCCUGAACAAUGUGGGCGUUUAUGCUUCCUGAUGACCUUGAUGACCUAUUUAUUUUUUACUUGAUACGAAUCUAUGGUGGAAACAGUCUUGAGUUUGCAAGAAACGAGGAAGUGGUUAUAAUAAUGUAAGUUGCAUAAACACACAGAAGAUAAGUGUAAAGUUGUGGUCAUCAAAAAUAAAGAAGAAGAAGAGGCAGCUGACACCUCGCUGCAGCUCUCUGGAAACACGUUUCACACGUUUGUCAUACUUUGGAGGGUCAAAUAUUUUGGAGUUUGUAUUGUAAGGCAGAGAUGACUUUGGACUAUGAAGACAUCCCUGAUGCUUUGUCCAGGAAGACCAAACUCAUGAGACUGGUUUUGGUUAGCUUCGGACUCCUGUGUGUCCUGCAAGCUGCUCUCAACAUUUCCCUGCGUCUUUCUUUCUAUAGUUAUGGUCGAGGAAUGCAAGAAUUUGAGGGAGAAGAUUUAAAGAGGAAGCUGAGUACUUUUGAUCAUUACUCCCAACAAGGAUGGGUGUAUUUCAACCACAGUUUCUAUUACAUUUCUGCUAUUCGAAAGUCCUGGCAGGAGAGUAGAGACGACUGUCAGCAAAGAAAUGCAGACCUGAUCAUUAUCAACAGCAAAGAUGAACAGGAAUUUGCGAGGCGCUUCAAACAGGCCACAUGGAUUGGACUUACUGACAGAGAGUCAAAUGGGACUUGGAGAUGGGUGGAUGGGACUGCACUGGAGACAAGCUAUUGGCAAGAUGGGGAGCCCAACAAACAUGAAGGAAAAGAUGAAGAUUGUGUAGAAAUAAGGUUUUUUGAAAAGGAAAACAACUGGAAUGAUGUACAAUGUGAACUGCAAAGAUUCUGGAUCUGUGAAAAAGUGAUGGCUCUAUAACUCAUGAGAACCAAAGCCCACAAGAUUGUGAUCGAUAAGCUGCAGGAUGAAGUGCUUAUCAUCAUGUCGAUUGGGACAUUCCGGCUAUGACUUCAUCAUUUCUGAACAACAGCCCAUAAUACGGCUGUGCUGUCUUUAAGUCAGAAGGUGGUGGGUUCAAUCCCAGCCAUGCAGUUAUCAUGUUGAUUUAUCCUAGUGUGUAUUGUGCUGCUUGUUAAAUGUGUUCUCAAACCUGUUACAAAUCACACCUUAAACUCCUGUUACUGAGUAGAUAGUGACAAAACCUUUAAUAGCAACACCAUUUUUUAUGCUAAUAAACAUGUAUAUCUGGCUCUUGAGAGCUCUGAAGUGAAGUGUACGUCUUGUGCCAAUUCCAUCAAUCAAAGUCAAUCAAAGUUUAUUUAUUUAGCCCAAUAUCACAAAUUGUACUUUUGUCUCAGGGGAUUUCAGUUUAUACAGAACAGGAAUACGCCAUAAUUUCCGGUGUUGUAAGCUUAUAAAAUAUGUAUUGAAGAGAGAAGAGUCACUGUGUUUCUCCUUCCACUGUGUAAAACUUGACACAAAGCUUCCAAAUAAAAAUGGGACUGGUCAGAGGAAGUAAAAUAAAAUAUGAUGGCAACUCAAAAAUAUUGUUAAAGACACGUGCACUUGUUGAAACUUUCAGAGCAAUUGAAAGUACAUUUGUUAUAAAUGUUGUCGUAUCCACAGAAUACAAGGCUACCAAGCAAAACCACAUUGUGUGAAAAUUAA